GUCAGGAAAACUGAGGAAUUUCCUAUGCACGCCAAGGAAUACUUGAAUUGUUUCACAGACAGUCACGUGAUUUUUGUGGUGAAAAAUCAAAACUCGCACAUCCAAACACUGGAAUAUCUUUGUGAUAAAAAUACCAAAUAAAUCCUGAUAUUUCUUCUGGUAAAAUCGUCGUUUAAUACAUUUCUGAUAUCAGAUCUGUUGUACUUGGAAUAAAAAGGAGGAGAUCUACCAUUAUUUUGCUUAUACACAAUGUUGCAUAAUGUUGGUUGAGUGUUUACAGCGAGGACAACUCAAAGUUAUUCAACUCGUGUGAGAAGUUCUCUGAGUCAAGGGGAUUGUGAAGUUGAUAUUUAAAGACAACAAUGGAUCCCUUGAAAGCCAAAGCUAAUUAUUCCAGGGUAUGUCAUUUGUUGGUAGAUAAAGGUGGAGAUGUUUUGAGAAAUGCUUUGCAUGCGGUGCAUCCACCUUCCACCUUAGCUUCCGUAUUGAAUGCCAACAGAGCGACCUUACAGAGUAUACGAUACAGUGUAAUUAAAGCCUCGCAAUGGGAUCUACUCUUCCCAAGAUCUGGUUCACCUGAUUCAAACAACUUUGAUAUUACCCUAUUGACUGUCCUACUCCGAAAUAUUUGUGGAUUGUCAGCACCAGCCACCGGAUGGAAUGUGAUGCCUCCAGUCAGCGAUACUUCCAUAUCUGCAAAUAUUUUAAGAGUCAAAAUGUUUAGAAAUGAAGUCUAUGGUCAUAUUCCGACUGCUGGUUUGGACGACGUAACGUUUGAAACAUUGUGGCCAGAAAUUUCUGUUCCGUUAGUCAAAUUGGGAAUUCCUCAAAAUGAUAUCGAUGAAUUAAAGGUGGCUCCUCUUAGCCCUGAAGAAGAAAGUUAUAUUGAAAGAUUGAAAGAGUGGAAACAACAAGAGGAUGAUUUUAAAAUUGAAGUAAUCAAACUAAGAAAGACAUUUGAAAAUGUUCAUCUGUCGCAUGUCGAACAACUGGCUAAAUUUAACUUCACUGGAAAGAUUCGUGACCUUUGUAGAAAAUUUCAAGAUGGGACCAGAAAGUGGUUGUUUGAUAAACUUUCAAGUUGGUUUGGGAGUGAUGAAAGCAGAGUCUUGAUCUUAACUGCAGGUCCAGGCGUUGGAAAAAGUGUUUUGUCUGCAAAGCUUUGCGAGCUUUUUAGAGAACGUGGUCAACUCGCAGCUCACCAUUUCUGUGACUUUCGAAAUUCUGAUUACAGCAAUGCUCAGAGAAUCCUCCAGUCUCUUGCCAGUCAAAUGUGUGAUAAUGUUGAAGGAUUUCGUGAUAAACUGACUGAAAUUCUUCGUCGUGAACAUUCUCGUGACUCGCUGUCAGACGCAUUUCGUGUUCUUUUAAACGACCCCCUCCAUGCCCUUGACAGACACGAUCCAAUGUUGAUCAUCGUUGAUGCUUUGGACGAGAGCAAAACUGACGAGAAAAGCGAAUUAUUGGAGUUGAUAUCUGAGAAAUUUUGUGAACUGCCUGAUUGGAUUAAGAUAUUCAUUUCAAGUCGACCAGAGCUACAAGUACGAAAGAUUCUUGAACAUCUUCAUCCGUGGGAAAUCCGUCCUGAUGACAAAGAACACAACCACGACAUAGAGCUUUUCGUUCGUCAUAGUUUACCUAAUCUUCAUUAUUACAGAAUAAGGUCAGUUAUUUCAAAGUGUGAGGGAUCGUUUUUGUACGCUUAUUACUUAGUCAGUGAAUUGAGAGAAAAGGGCGUGGGAAUUGAACCCGACCGAAGUGAUUACAUCUCCAACGGUAUUUCGGGAUAUUACGAAAAGCAGUUCAAACGUUUAGACAUAGGCCUCAAACAUUUCAAGCAAGAUACCUCAUGUCUCUUAAACAGUUUCAUCAAUGUCGUUGCCGUUUCAAAGGAACCCCUCCCAAUAAAAUUCUUUUCACAUGCAUGGGUCUCUCUAAAGACGAAUUUAAAAUACGUAAAGCGGUUCUUGACCUAAUGUCAGAGAUUCUUCCAGUUUACGAUGGGUGUCUGACUGUUUAUCAUAAGUCAUUAUGGGAUUGGCUGACAUUGAACGGUUAUGAAGAACAUGCAUUCGUUGCAGAUGUUGAAGACGGCAAUAGACGUCUCUGGCGUGCUUGUAAGAAACAAUUCUGUGAGAUAGAUGCUUUGAAGUCUGUUUUAGAAUUCCAAAUUUCAGCCGAGAAUAUGUACGCUUUAAAACAUGGUUGGAAAUAUUUGGUCGAUACAGGCGAGGUAGAUGAAUUUCAUUGGUUGGUGCAUGUUGGUAUAAACUUCUUGAAACUAAAAUUUUUUGAUGGCCUGCACAGUUUUUUUUUUCAGGCGAAUUCUUGACACGUACCGUUCUAAACUUUCCAAAGAUAUUUAUUGGGGCCUCAUUCAACACGUUUGUUUCUCCGAAAUGGUGCAAGUUAGCUCUGUGAUUGGAAUGUUUAAGACUUAUGAAAAAGAUUGUUGUUACGUAUAUUUGGAAGCACUCGCUAAUGGGCGCUUCGAUUUUUUACAAGGUGCCGUCAGUUCCAAAAGUGUAGCUAAGGAUAUCUUGGGUGGGACAAAUGAGAUUUGGAUAGAACAUGUGACAACGGAAAGCCAUUCUAAUUUAAGCAUUGUCCCCCAAACUGUGUUUACAGACGAUUCAUUUUUUGAUAUUUUAGUGUCACCGGAUCAGACGAUGCUUGCUUGCAUAUAUGCGCAUGAGGGAAAAUUUCAAAUGCUUAAAAUACCAGAUCUUACAACAAUCUUUGAGGCACAUAUUACUAUUAAAGGAACUCUUUGCGAAUUUUCUGCCUUUUCUCCAGACUCUUCAUAUAUUUUAUACAAUUCAAUCCGGUUCUGCAUCAAUAUUAAAGAAAAGAAAGAG